AUGAUUAAUAUUGAGUUCAAUAAACCAGAAUAGAAGAGGCAAUAGAUUUUGAGAACAAAAGGGAUGGACAUGAGAAUAUCAUCAAAGAAAAAGUAGAAGAACGAAGAAAAAAAAUAACCAUAAUCUGGGAUAGAAAAGCAGGAUGAGAAAUUGCCGACAAUUCCUUAAUAGGAAAUGUCAUAGAUUCAUGAGUAGGAAUAAUAAUUGACAGAUCAUUUAUAGAAGCCGUAGAAUGAUCAAAAAGGAUUACAUAAAUUGAGCACUGAGCAAUAAAGGGCUUUAGAAUUCGCUAAACUAGUUUUGAACUUGGCUGACCCUGCCGAAUACACAGAAGCUAAACCAGUAAUUAAAAAGAAGCAGGACUUCACUUUAGAUCCUGAAUAGGAGGAAUAGGAAGAGAGGAUCGACAGAACUGAUUUCCUUUCGACAGCUGAAUAUUAAGAACUUAAAGAUGUGUAUUCGGAUUACAACAUUGGAGAACUUGUAUUGAAAUUUCCAAAUCCCGAUUGGGAAAAGAUGGUCGAUCGUCCUGUGGAUAUCAAGGAGGCUGAAAAAGUAUUCAGUAGUUAAUUAGCAAUAUCGGCAGAAGGCGGAGUCCCUCAAUCUCAGUUGACACUCCAACGAUAGGUGUUCCUUUCUUCCUUUUUAUAAUUGACUGAUUAUGUGGAGACUGACAAAAAGAAACUUAAGGAGUCAUUGAGGAAAACUCAGAUGGGAGCAUCUCUGAAGGAGAAUCCAGAUUAUAUAAAUUAUGUCGCCUUCUACGAAUAAUAUCGAUAGAUCAAUGAUUAGAGUGUAGAGGAGUUGUUGAGGAAGGACGAACCCUUACAAAGAACUCCCAGUGAGGAAAUCAAUCAGGAGGUUAUUUAAAUGCUGAAUUUAAUUCAUUUGAAGCCCAAUGAGAAUUUGGACAUCUUCUCAACUGUGGCCAAGAAAUAUUGCAAGGGGGGAUUCCUCUAUAAGAAGUGGACAGAGGAUAAAAGUGAUUAUGACUGGAUUCAAGUUGGAUAAACUCCUUAGGAUUUUCUCUCUCUGAUAAGGAUGACUGUUAUUACCAAAUUAUGUAGAGAUGCUCAUUUUCAUUGUAGAUAAUUUAUCAGCAGUGAUGAUCAAUUCAUAUUUGUUGUUCUGAAGAGCAAAAUAGAGUAUGUCAAAUACUAGGCAGAGUUGUAGAGAAUGCAAAAGUAAUACGAAUUAGGGUAUGCUGACAUUCUAUCGCUUGAGCCUUGUGAUAAAUUGCUUCGGCCUUUGAGAUUAAAGAAUUACCUCAGAGAUCCCGAUUUCAUUAAGGAGGCUCCCAAUUAUAUUGAGGAGAAGAAGGAGGAUUCCAAUCAGAAGAAGAAACUAGCCAGAAUCGACAGUGAGGCUUAGAAGAUCUACUAGGGAGUUUUGAAAUGGGGUGAUUAAGAGUUGAGGGCAAAAUGUGUUCAAAAGCAAAUAGAAUUAGACCCUUUGAUUUAGUGGAUGGCCAAAGAAUUAAAGAUUAACUUGAGUUCAGAGAAGACCUAGAUUGCAGAUGAUUAGCCUUUGGCGAGGGAUGUUUGGGAAGCCUAUUACAUCUAUCAGUUAUAUCUGAUUGAUUAUUUGAAAAGAGUGAAGGAUGGUUACAAAGAGAAGGAGGUUGCUGCUAAUAAGGGGUUUCUGUUUAAGCUGAUCUUUCGAAAGGCAAUUGGCGAUCCAAAUGAAUUAUAUUCAGCUUUCAAUAAUUCUUGGUUUAAGGAAAAAUUGAUUCUGGCAAACCUAUGGGAUAGACAAGGACUUGAUCCAAUCGCACCUUAUCAGGAAUAUUUUGUAACUAAACCUAGUGAAGGAUUGUGGAGAUAGUAUGAAGUAAGUGAGAAGGGACAUAGAUCUGAAUUUAUGAAUAUGGAAAAGAUCAAAAUAGCUUAUGCCACAAUUAGCAGAUUUUUAAAUGUAAAAAAAUUGAUAGAGAAUUAAUACAUUGCCUGUUACUUUGCAUUGCAUGACCCUUAUCAAUUGAUGGGGUUGUCAAAGGCCCCCAUGAUUAAGCCUUUGAUUGAUUUGCAAUUGGUUGGAGAAGUCCAAAAAUCCCCUGGAGAAUUGAAAUUAAAUAACUUAUUUGUUUCAUUGAAGGAUGAGGCUGAGAGAGCAGAUUUUGAUAAUGAUUGUCUGGUUGAGGAAUGCAAGUUCCAUUGGUGUCCUCCUUGGACAUUGCCAAUAGACAGUAUGAGAGAUUACUUUGGAGAGAAAAUAGGUUUGUAUUUUAGAUUCCUACAGUUCUACUCUCAGUAAUUGUGGUAAGUGGUGAUAUUGGCUAUAAUUUGCGAGGGAGUGAUUGACAAUACGACAGGGGAUGCGAAAAAGGCGUUUAUUGUUAUAUUUUCAGUGAUAUUGAUUUCUUGGUCGAGUUAUUUUAUUUGCCAUUGGAAGAGACAGCAAACAAUGUUCUAGAUUCAAUUUGGUUAGAACAACAAAAGUGAGGGAGGGGAAAUUGAGAGACCAGCAUUUGAAGGUGAUUUUGUUAGGUCAUUGAUAACAGAUCAACUUAAUGAGGAGUUCUAUCCUACUUGGAAGAAAUAAUUUAAAUUGUGUUAUUCUAGUUUGAUUACUUUGAUAAUCAUAACAAUGGUUGUAGCAAGUGUCAUUGGAGUGUUCAUUUUGAAGAAUUAUUUAAUAGAGGAGUAUCCAGACAAUCAGUUUUUGGUAUCAUUUGUACCGUCGAUGAUAAAUGCAAUUGUAAUUUAAUUAUUCAAUCUUAUUUACUUUAAUGUUUCAAAUAAUCUAAAUGAUUUUGAGAAUCACAAAUACGAAUAAUCCUAUGAGGACAGUUUAAUAUUGAAAACCUACAUAUUUACUUUUAUCAACACCUUCAAUUGUUUGGCAAUCAUAGCAUUUUUGAAUGAACAAUUUCCCUCCCUAUCUCUCUGUAAGACAUCAGAAGGAAUCAACUGCUACAGAGCAUUGAAAGAUUAGAUGGUAACCAUUUUCAUGGUGAACUUUGCCAAAACAUUGCCCCAACUCAUUACUCCAUGUAUAAAGGCAUUUAUUAGAGGGAAAACCAAGUAGGUAGAUGAGAAUCUCGUGACUCACGAGUUCAAUUAGAUUGAUGAAUUCAUUGAAACCCAAGCAAAUCUAGAACCCUAUGUAUCCAAUGCCGAAGUGGAUGGCUUAAUGAAUGACUACAUGGAAUUGGUAGUCCAAUUUGCCUUCCUCUAACUAUUUGGAUUGGCAUUCCCUCUCAGUUACUUUAUAGCUUUCCUUACUAAUAUCACUUAGAUUCAGGUCGACAAACUCAAGCUAAUUCACUUUAUCCAAAGACCCAUUCCAUCCUCAGCUUCCGAUAUCGCAAAUUGGAGUUUCAUCAUGGAUAUUAUAGCAUUCCUAUCUGUCUUUUGCAAUGCAGGAUUAAUAGUGUUUACAUCAGGAGUCGUACCUCCAGAUUCUUAGUCAUCUUCGUAUGCUAUAUUCGUUAUUGUGUUUUUGGGACUUAAAUACUUCUCAUCAUUCAUCAUAUCGCCUAUUCCUGAGAAGGCUUCCUUGAUUCUGACUCGUCACAAGUUUGCUGUGGACAGGGUCCAGAGGGGAAUGAGGGAUAAUACCAAAUCCUAUUACAAGGGGAGGUUGAGGGAGACUCUUGAUGGGGUGGAUUACGAGAAAAUGCAGGAACAGGAGAAGGAGCACAUUCUGAAGGGGCCAAAUGUUAAUGUUGAAUUAAGAAAAACAUGA